AUGGCUUCGCAGUCUACAUCGCUGCACCCAGCGAGGCUCGCUCCCAUCUUUGCCACUUCUCCCAGUGCCCCGGGCACCCCUGUACACUCCAUCCAAACUAUGAGGAGAAAGGCUGCAGGACAUGGUGGUCCCCUCACUAAGAUUCUCGUUGCUAAUCGUGGUGAAAUUGCCAUCCGUGUCUUCAGGACUGCCCAUGAGCUUGCUAUGCAUACCGUAGCAAUCUACUCCUACGAGGAUCGAUUAUCAGCUCAUCGUCAAAAGUCCGAUGAAGCUUAUCAGGUCGGAAAGGGUUUAACCCCAGUCGGCGCUUACCUUGCUCAAGACGAUAUCAUUAAAAUUGCACUUGAGCAUGGCGUUGACAUGAUCCAUCCAGGUUACGGUUUCUUGUCCGAAAAUGCCGCAUUCGCAAGAAAGGUCGAACAAGCUGGUAUUGCCUUUGUCGGUCCGUCGCCUGAAGUAAUUGAUGGACUGGGUGAUAAAACUAAGGCAAGGACCUUGGCGAUGAAGGUCGGCGUCCCAGUCGUACCCGGAACUCCUGGACCUGUCGAUACUUACAAGGAUGGAGAAGCAUUCAUUCAGGAAUACGGUUUCCCAGUUAUCAUCAAGGCCGCUAUGGGUGGUGGUGGACGAGGAAUGCGCGUCGUGAGGGAACAAUCCGACUUCGAAACCUCCUUCCAACGCGCUGUCAGCGAAGCAAAGGCCGCAUUCGGCGACGGAACCGUUUUCAUCGAACGUUUUUUGGAGCGCCCCCGUCACAUUGAAGUCCAGAUCCUUGCUGAUGCUGUUGGAAACACCAUCCAUCUUUUUGAACGAGAUUGCUCCGUCCAGAGGAGACAUCAAAAAGUCGUUGAAGUUGCACCAGCCACUCACCUCCCGGAAGAAGUUAGGCAAGCCAUUUUGGCUGACGCCAUCAAGUUGGCGAAGAGCGUCGGAUACAGGAACGCUGGUACUGCAGAGUUUUUGGUCGAUCAGAUGGGCAGGCAUUACUUCAUUGAGAUCAACCCUCGUAUCCAGGUGGAGCACACCAUCACUGAGGAAAUUACUGGAAUCGACAUUGUGGCCGCGCAAAUCCAAAUUGCCGCUGGCGCGACUCUGCCGCAACUUGGUCUCACCCAGGAUGCCAUCACGAAACGAGGCUUUGCUAUUCAAUGCCGUAUCACCACUGAAGACGCUGCCCACAACUUCCAGCCCGAUACAGGGAAGAUUGAGGUAUAUCGUAGCGCAGGAGGUAAUGGUGUUCGUCUCGACGCAAGCUCUGGUUUUGCUGGUGCACAGAUCACGCCCCAUUAUGAUAGUUUGUUAGUGAAGUGUACAGUCAGUGGCACGACCUAUGAAGUUGCGCGUCGCAAGAUGUUGCGUGCUCUUGUUGAAUUCCGAAUUCGCGGUGUCAAGACCAACAUUCCCUUCCUCUUCCGUCUCUUGACUCAUGAUACCUUUAUUCAAGGAAAGACUUGGACGACAUUCAUUGAUGAUACUCCUGACCUCUUCAAGCUGGUGCAGAGCCAAAACCGUGCUCAGAAACUGUUGGCAUACCUCGGUGAUCUGGCGGUCAAUGGAAGCUCCAUCAAAGGCCAAACCGGCGAACCCGGCCUCAAAACCGACAUUGUCAUCCCCAAGUUUCAAAGCCGCGAAGACCCGCUUAAUGGUCCCCCCCUGGACACUACCCUGCCUUGCACCAUCGGAUGGCGGAACAUCAUCGUCAAAGAAGGUCCCGAAGCAUUUGCCAAAGCAGUGCGCGACUACCCAGGCACCCUCAUUAUGGAUACCACAUGGCGUGACGCCCACCAAUCUCUCCUUGCGACUCGUCUGCGAACUAUAGAUAUGGUCAACAUCGCCAAAGAGACCAGCUAUGCUUUGGCCAAUGCUUACAGUCUUGAAUGUUGGGGUGGAGCAACUUUUGAUGUUGCUAUGCGCUUCUUGUAUGAAGAUCCUUGGGAGCGUCUGCGCACGCUUCGUAAAUUAGUCCCCAAUAUCCCGUUACAAGCGCUCGUCCGUGGGGCCAAUGGUGUCGGGUAUACUAGCUACCCUGAUAAUGCCAUCUAUGACUUUUCGAAGAAGGCCGUGGAAAAUGGGCUUGACAUUUUCCGAGUCUUUGAUUCCCUGAAUUACUUUGAGAACAUGAAGCUCGGGAUUGAUGCUGCCAAGAAGGCAGGUGGUGUUUGCGAAGCAGUGGUGUGCUACAGUGGUGACGUUGCAAGCCCCAAUGAGACGAAGUACACGCUCCAAUACUAUCUCGACUUUGUGGACCAACUUGUGAAGGAAGGGAUCCACGUUUUGGGUGUCAAGGAUAUGGCUGGCUUGCUGAAGCCUCAAGCUGCUACACUUCUCAUUGGCGCCAUUAGGAAGGCACACCCUGACCUUCCCAUCCACGUCCACUCCCAUGACACGGCAGGCAUUGCUGCAGCCAGCAUGCUCGCGUGCGCGGCGGCUGGCGCAGAUGUCGUUGAUGUUGCGAUCGACAGCAUGUCGGGAUUGACUUCUCAACCAUCUAUGGGUGCCGUAUGCAUGGCUCUCGAGCAGACCGCUCUGGGAACUGGUAUCCGCUACGAGGAUAUCCAAGCCCUCAACCUUUACUGGAGUCAAGUUCGUAUGCUGUACAGUUGCUUUGAGGCCAAUGUCAGAGCUUCGGACUCUAGUGUGUUCGAUCAUGAGAUGCCAGGAGGGCAGUACACGAAUCUGAUGUUCCAAGCCUCUCAGCUGGGACUUGGUACGCAAUGGACUGUUAUCAAGCAAAAGUAUAUCGAGGCAAACGAGCUUUGCGGAAACAUCAUCAAGGUUACGCCCUCAUCAAAGGUUGUUGGUGACUUUGCGCAAUGGAUGACGUCCAACUCGUUCUCGAAAGAGGAUGUUUUGGCACGCGCUGAACAGCUCGACUUCCCAUCGUCCGUUGUUGAGUUUUUCCAAGGUUACCUUGGACAGCCUGUUGGCGGUUUCCCAGAGCCAUUGCGCACAAAAAUCAUUAGAAAUAAGCCUAGAAUUGAUGGACGUCCGGGUACUACUAUGCAACCUCUUGACUUCAAGAAGAUCAAGGCGGAACUACGAAGCAAAUUUGGGAAGCACAUCACAGAUUCUGAUGUUACCUCGUACGUCAUGUAUCCCAAGGUCUUCGAAGAAUACCAGGGCUUCAUUGAAAAGUACGGUGACUUGAGUGUUAUUCCCACCCGGUACUUCCUUGGCCGUCCGGAUAUUGGAGAGGAGAUGCACAUCUCGAUCGAGAAAGGCAAGACCCUCAUCAUCCGUCUGAUGGCGGUGGGACCCGUUGUCGAAGGUCGUGCCCAGCGUGAUGUGUGGUUUGAGGUGAACGGAGAGGUCCGUGCGGUGUCAGUUGAGGACAAAAACUCAGCUGUGGAAACGGUCUCGCGGGAGAAGGCAACUGCUGACCCUGGAUCUGUCGGUGCCCCGAUGUCAGGUGUUGUUGUUGAAGUCAGAGUGAAAGAGGGGCAGGAGAUCAGAAAGGGUGACCCCGUUUGCGUUCUCAGCGCGAUGAAGAUGGAAUCUGCUGUUACCGCUCCCGUUUCGGGUCACAUCAAACGUGUUGUCGUUCACGAAGGGGACUCAAUCAACCAGGGUGAUCUUACAGUGGAGAUUGUACACUGAACGACAUCGAUGGCGCCAUUAUACUUAUAGAAUGAAUUGCUGUACAGAUAGGGAUUUUUUCCAGGAAGGGAACACGGAUGAAUUUCUCAUG